AUGGCUAUGUGUCCCGUGUCUUUCGGGUGGCAUCUUCAGAUUGCAUUCUUUAUUAUACUCGCUGCCAAUCUCGUCCUUGCCAAUGGAAGCACCGAUGGAAUCCAGCAUAUCCUUCACCCUCAAGAGGCUUCUCCUGAGAUUAUCACAGGUCAAUACGAUCCUGCUCGAAUCACAAUCCACGAUACUUCUGGCAACACAUCGUGGAACUGGACGAAGGUUGAUUUCGUUAACCAAGACAUACCAAAGAAGCUCAAUGAGUGCCUGCAAGACGGAGGCUCCGUGACAGACGUCAAGUGGGCGAACCACGGUAAAAGCGUCGUGGCAGUCUUUGCUUAUGCAGUCGUUGUCAUCAACCAUUAUCCCGAAGACAAAUCCAAAGACAAGGCUAUAACCUUCGGCAUGUGCUUGGAUAAAUUCGGUCUGGGAGGAACCCACGGCAUUGAGCCUCUGCCCGAUGGGAAGCUCGCCAUAGCAACAACUUCCUAUGAAACAACAGGAAACAUCAAGAUCGUCAACACAUCCUUGGGUACAUCGGACCCAUAUCCAGGCUUUCUCCAAGAGCUCGGUGGUCUUCCUGCAGUGCACAGUCUUGCAUGGGACCAAGCUACCCAAAGUCUUUGGGCUGUCGGGAAUGAUAUACCUCCUCACGGGAAAUGUCCCUCGACGGCUCAGCUGAAUAGGUAUGAGUAUAGGGAUGGUUCGUUCUCUCAAAAGCCUUCUCAAGUUGAACCCAUUGGCCCCCCUAAAAUGCUCACUGAGGAAUGGGACGAUUCAUGGUGGGACGGAGGACAUGAUAUCACACCUGUGCCUGGCCAAAGACAUCUCCUUAUAUCUACAGAUCUGGACCUCCAUCUCUUCAAUUUGACUUCGGCCUCAUUUCUGCACGGGGAAGAAGUGUUGAAACAGCCAUUCAUGCAGGGAUUCAAGCCAGUCAGCUCUCAUGAUAAGAAUUUGCCAAGGGCUGAUGUCAAGUCACUGAGCUUGUACAAGAGCUCUGGUAUCCUUUAUGUGCAAGCUGAUUGGAAGGGCUACUUUUCAAAGCAGGUACAGAAUCUGACACCAGGAGCCAAGGCACCAAGGGCAAUCUCGUUCUCGCAAUGGGUGUAUCGUUCUCGUUGGUUUUCACCCGUGGCUGGAUGGUCUGUUGAGUAG